AUGGGGGAAGAAAAGGAACUAAAAAUUGAGGGGGCAGGGGACAGGGAGGCGAUGCGGAAACUCGGCCUGGCACGGGACCACAGGCCAUUGGUCAAUGCACAAUAUGACCUCGAUGGCUCCGGGGGUCCCCUCCGUCGUCUGUUUCCGUUCGUUGCGAACGCUGCGCCAACUCUAGAACAUGAGAAGCCUAUUGACUAUCCAGUGGGAUUCCUCACACAGUCUGGGUCAUCACAGCCCGCACGUUCCUCUGUAGCUUCCACCUCGUCUGGGUCAGCAGUUGGCGGGGUGUUCAGUUCGCCAGCAGUGGAAAGCGCAUCGAACGAGGCAGCACCAAGGCCCCCAAGAUUUUCGUGGUCUUCCUCAGGAGACGUGGCUAGCUCACCUGCCUCCUCGUCUCAGAUAGUCUCCUCUGACACACUUUCCGAAGACAGUGUAUCAUCAGGAACAUCCCUGCCUCUGGAGAGCUCCCCACUAGGUAGCUUCAUUUCUGUUAGCUCUAGCAGUAGUAGUAGACCUUCUGUAAGUCAACCGUCCCUCCGGAGCAGUUCUGGCGGAAGUGAGAGUGCAAUACCUUCAGCAGGAAGCUCGUUGUCGAAUGAAGGGUCUGCCAGCAGCUCUCUCCCUAUCGUAGAGGUACCUGCAAGCAGUGCUUCAGAUAUUCAGAGUGGAGUAUCUUCUGAUAGCUCUAUUCCAGUUGUGGCGGGGCCUUCAAGCAGUGCUUCAGAUAUUCAGAGUGGAGGAUCCUCUGGUAGCCCUGUUUUAGUGGGGGGGCCGUCAAGCAGUGGUCCGGCAUUCAGCACUAUCUCUAGUGAUGAGGGACUUACAAGCGGCACUCUGGAGCAGGAUUCAACAAUUUCCAGUUCGAGUCGCCCCCAAGCCUACUCUCCACCACCUUCAGAUUCUUCUGAGACUAUAGAUAACUCCGAAUCCGCUGGGGAGGUUGGUUCAUCUGUGGGGCAGCCAAGCGACUCCGAAAUUAAGUGGUGGCGCUCAAGGCCAGAAGCAGAGCGUAGCCCGUCCUUUAGCUCCGACAGCUCUCGCGUGGUUAGGGGUGACGGUGAGGCAAGCGCAGAGUCUCAAGACCAGCAGGAUGAGGCAGACUCUGAGGAAGAAGUGUCUAGCGAACAGGACAGCACCGAUGGUGAUGCGUCUGAGGCAGAUGACGAAGACGAACCUGAAUCAGGGUCUGGCGAUGCGUCUGCAUCUGAAGAAAGGCCUGUGAGCAGCGAGGAAACAUCUGAGUUGGAUUCCAGCGAUGACGUUGAAGAAGCAGAAGAAGAAGUCGUGGAUGCCGAAGAGCUGUUUAGAGCUGCUGAGAUCGCCAUUGAGGAGGCUGAGGCUCUCGAAAAAGUAACUGAAGAUGCCCAUAAUACGCUUUCUGAUUCAGAUGCCUCGGAGGGCUCGGAUGCUGACACAGCAGACAGCACUGAGGAAAGUUCAAGCUCAGAUGGUGGGGAUGUCUCCACUAGUGAGGGCCACUCCGACGAGGAGCGACCCGUAGACGAAGAAGCUUCCGCUGAGGGUCGCCCCGAAGAAGAGCGACCUGCAGAAGAAGAGGCCUCUAGCGAGGGUGCCCGCGAAGAAGAGAGACCCGUUGACGAAGAGGCCAAGUCGGAAGAUCAUUCAGAGUCCCGACGUGAAGAUGCCUCUGAGGACGAGCUAGCCGAUGAGCGGAGUGCUCGCAGCGAAUCCGAGCUUGCGGAUGAUGAGCUCGAGCUUGCAGAGGAAUUGGAGGCUGCAGCAGACAGAGCGCAAGCUACGGCGGAAGCUCUAGAGAAAGCUGCAGAAGAGGCUCUCCGGGCGGCAAAAGUCGCGAGGUCUGCCUCUGAGUCUCAUGACAGCGCAGCGAGCGCAGCUGCAGAUGAUGAGCAGAACGCAACAAGACGCGAGGAAAGAAAAAGGUCUGAGAGGUCUGAAAGCAGUUCCACUGGCCGGUCCAGAAGCAGGGGUGGCAACGGAUCUGAUGAUAGACGGGAGACCAGCAGUAGAAGAUCGGAGAGGAGAGAAGGCAGCUCUGCUGACUCUGGUGAUAGCUCUCGGGAAGCCUCGGACGGCUCUGAAAGCCUCGAGAACAGCAAUGCUAGCAAAUCCGAUGAGAACGACGAUGCUAACAACUCUGCCGAGAACGGUGAUAACUCCGAAGGCAGCUCUGAAGCUAAGCGUGAAGAUCAAUCUGCAGAACACUCCGAGGAUCAAGCUGAAGAUUCCGAAGAUCAGUCUGAGCAGUCUGGAGGUCAAGCUGGUGAAGAUCAGUCCGCCAAUAGACAUGAGGACGAAUCCGGUGAAGCAUCUGAAGGUUCACCCGUUGUUGUUCAAAUAGCGCAGCCUGGAAGCAAUUCCUCAUCGACGGGAAGCCCUGCGGGCGGAGAGAGCGAGUCCACCGCAGCCCAGCGCAGGCUUAGGCCCGUGGGUCCAGCCCUUCAGGCUGAGCCUAGGCGUCUUCAACCCUAUUAUGGGCGUCCUGUACGUUACCCUGUUCCAUAUGGGCAUGGGUAUCAUGGAUACUACCCUGUUGGACAUAGAGGUCCUGGGCCACUCCCUCCUCCCCAUAUGCAUCCUGGACAUUACCCUGUUAGCCACAGGAAUCCUGGUUAUUAUCCUGGUGGCCCUGGUGGUCAUGGUGGUCAUGGUGGUGGUCAUGGUGGUGGUCAUGGUGGCUAUGGUCCUGGAUCAUCGUAUCCAGAAGGCGGCCAUUCGCACCGUGGACCGCAGCCAUCGUUCCCUUCCCAUCAAGGACCAGGCGGCCCUUCAGCAGGCUUCCCAGAGAAUGAUUUCCAAGGGCGACCAGGCAGUGGAGGGCAUGGAUCCCAUGGGCAUGGAGGGGGGCCAGUGGCGAGCCCUGGACUAGGACCAGAGGCGAGCCUAGACUCUCCAGUGGCGAGCCCUGGACUAGGAUCAGAUGAGAGUUCUGAUGUAGAUUCUCCAGUGGCUAUCCCAGGACUGGGGGUAGCAAGAAGAUUAGCUCCAGCUGAGAGCGAGAAACCGGAAGCCAAGCCUGCCGCCAAGCCUGAUGCUAAGCCGCUUGACAAGCCUUCAGCCAAGCCUGUUGCCAGUUCUGAGGCCAAGCCUGUUCGCAAACCCCAAGGCGGUACUGCUGCUAGUGCCCGACCUGGUUCCCCGCCUGUUGUUAAACCUGUGAACCAGGACGCCAAAGUGGAGGAAGAAAAGCCAAAGGAGGAGAGCGAAAAACCAAAGGAGGAGAGCGAAAAGCCGAAGGAGGAGAGCGAAAAACCAAAGGAGGAGAGCGAAAAGCCAAAGGAGGAGGGUGAAAAGCCAAAGGAGGAGGGUGAAAAGCCAGAGGAGGAGGGUGAAAAGCCAGAGGAGGAGGGCGAAAAGCCAGAGGAGGAGGGCGAAAAGCCAGAGGAGGGAGAAGAAAAGCCAGAGGAGGGAGCAGAAAAGCCAGAGGAGGGAGAAGAAAAGAGGGAGAAGAAAAGCCAGAGGAGGGAGAAGAAAAGCCAGAGGAGGGGGAAGAAAAGCCAGAGGAGGGGGGAGAAAAGCCAGACACACCUGAAGAGAAACCUGACGACAGACCUGAACAUGGUCCGCCUCAGAAACCUGAAGAGAGACCUGAAGAGAGACCUGAAGACAGACCUGAACAUGGUCGUCCUCCCCAAAGACCUGAGCAUGGUCGUCCUCCCCAGGGACCUGAACAUGGCCGUCCUCCCCAUAGACCUGAAAAUGGUCGUCCGCAGAGACCUGGUCACGGUCCUGAAGACAGACCUAGUCGUCCUCCCCAUAGACCUGAAAAUGGUCGUCCGCAGAGACCUGGACACGGUCCUGAAGACAGACCUAGUCGUGGCCCUCCUCAGAGAUCUGAGCGGACACGCGCAGAGGACUCAGCAGGCCGCCGACCUCAGCAGGAGGACCGGUCUGAGCGAAAGCCCGCCCGAGGUCAGAGGCCGGCAGCGUCAUCCCAACCAAGGGAUAGACAGGAAGGACGUCCAAGCAGGGGACAUGAAGGCGGCGCAGGUCUCAUCCCAAGCAGACCCUCCGACAAGCCUGAAGGCAGCAGGGAGGAGCAUCGUGAGGGCGAAAGGCCCGUAG